AACAAAGUGACUUGUUGCUGACCGAGAGCCGUUGUGUCAUCGGAUGUUUUAAAUAUUGACACCGAUUCAGAGAAGGUUUCAGUGUGUUGUGCUUAACAUUGUGGAGUGGUCGGAGGUUACGGAGACAGUUUAUAAAGAUUUAAUUAACAAUGAAGCCACUACUUAGUACAGUGGUGGCUAUCUGCCUAAUCCUCCCCACACUAGCACACCCGGAAAACAUCGAGGAGGUAAAAGAGUUGCCACAGAGCAAACAGCCCGUCUUAGAGGCUGAAGAGUCCAAGCCACAAGCCAGAAAAGAACGUUGUUCAAAAUGCUCGUCUACCGUCAACCUAGAUCUUAAGACACCGAAAGACCUUAUCGCGGCACUACAGACCCUCCCUGGAGGAGAAGUUCACACCCAGCAGUCCUUCGAAGGCUGCUCAAGCAGCAAAGGCUGCGCUGGCAUCAAAGUUCAAGACGGGAAAGUCACUGACAAGUUCGGCAACUUAAACGCUUUCGGUGGCGAGAACACUUUCAAAGCCGGAUCGACGUUCGGUAGCAACCUCCUCAAUGGUAAAAUAUCCGGCGAACCUCUCUGGUGGAUGGGUGCUAACUCACCGUUCAAGAACGUUAACUCAGCAAGCUACAAAGCCAGUUCAAGUUACACCAGCACAACUGGAGGUGCCAUAGGCGGUGCUAUCGGGGCCGGUGGUGUUGACCUUUCGAAGAACAUCUUCUUGAACCCUGGCGCAGGCGGCUUCGGUGCUGGACAAUCGAAUUACGAUGCUUCGUCAUCCUCUUUCCAAGCUACUAAGGAAGGAGAAAUUGACGUUGUGAAUAAUCCAUUCUUGAACGGCAAUAUCAAUCUGGCACAAUCUGGUGUUGGUGCUGGCCAAGGAUUCGGCGCUGGUCAGGCAGGUGGCGCGUACGGCGCGAGUUCCACUACUGCUUUUGGUAGCGGAUCUGGUUAUGUUGGUUCAUCUCCUAGUCCAUUUGCGACCAGCACUGGUUCAAAUAUCAAUCUUAUCCAAAGCGCUCAGAAGCCAAGCGUGUUCGACUUUGACCAAUCACAGCAGACGAUCAGUGACGAUAUAUUCGCUGGAGGUUCGAAUGUGAACCUUCAAGGCCAGGCCGGUGGGGAGUUGGAGCAGUCCUGCCUAGGACAGGGCUACGCCUGCGUGCUGCGCUCCCAGUGCAGUAAUGGUGUGACCAGCGUGAUACCAUUAACUAAGAAGCAGUAUUGCAACACCAGAACAGAAGUCUGUUGCAGACUAGACGCUUCGUUGUCCGGAGUACCCCAAACCUCACUUGGAGUCGGCUUCGCUACCUCCGACACAGAGAACCAAGCAUCCGGAGUUCUAAACACACAGAGCACCUUCGGCAACCAGGGCUUUGGAAUCCAAACCGCAUCCAAUGGAGUUUCAAGCUUUGACGCCAACCAAGCCACUUUAGGCACCAGUUUCGGUUCCACCGUACCCGUCGUGACAGCGAUCCCAAUUGGUUCAACCGGCGCGUUCGGCCCAACAAGUUCCCCAACUGGAUUCACUGGCUCCACUCUCCGUCCGGUGUCGGGACAGGGUGUCCUUGAUACUGAUACCUUCACCUCUCAGAGUGAAAACUCAAACGUCUUCAGACCUGGCGCAGUCGGUACCGGCCUUAAACCCGGCAUCCCUUACCUUCCUCCCGUCGAUAAUACGAACAGCGGCACCAACGUUGUCAGUUCUACUGUAUUCCCAUCAACUCCUUUCGUUACUACCCCCCGUCCAGUUUCACCUCCCCGCCCAAUCGUUCCACGUCCAGUCACCACCCCUCGUCCUUACACCCCAGUACGUCCAGUUAUAACCCCACGACCUGUUAGCAGACCAACGUAUCUACCUCCAGUGUCUUCUACCUCUGCUCCCGGAUACUUACCGCCAGUGGGUGAACAGACCAUCAACAGAGAAACUUUCGUACCUAGCCCUGACUACAACGAGGGUGGUAUCAUCCUGGAUGAAUCGAGAUUCCCCUCAACAACCCGUCGGCCAAUCGUACCAGUCCUAACAGAUGAAAUCCCUGCUGGAUGCGCUGCUGCCUUGAAAUGUACCCCAAUCGAGUUUUGCACAGCUGAUGGCAUCAUCUCCAACACAACUAUCAUUCUAUCAAGAGAUCAAGAUGCUUACAGAGUACCUCUUACUGACUGUAAAGACUUGGCGACCGGACGUAUUGGCAAGUGCUGCCGUGAUCCCUUCUACACUGAUCCCUGGCCCACCAAUCAGCUCGGCAAGUGGGUCCCCGGUGUAUUCGGUGGUAAUGACGGCAAAUACGUGCCGGACAACCGCGAGAGCUCCAACACGAUUCGCAACCAGGUCACUGGCAGACCUGACGUCACUGGAAGCACUAUUCUGAACAACUUCAGGACAACAAAACCAACACCCCCUACUUUUGGAACAACUACAGGUCAGGGUGUGCAAUUCACACCGGGCUAUAACCAAGUGACACAAUUCGGUCAAGGGCAAUUCACUAAAGGUGGUGUGGGUCAAUACGGUCAGGGUGGUAUCGGUCAAGUAACUCAAACCGGUAUUGGACAAUUCGGUCAAAAAGGUAUAGGUCAAGUAGGUCAAACUGGUCUAGGACAAAUUGGCCAAACUGGAGUUGGGUUAAUAGGUCAGUCUGGUAUUGGACAAACUGGUCAGGUUGGUGUCGGACAGAUCGGUCAGGUCGGUGUAGGACAGUACGGAAAUGCCGGUGUAGGACUCGUCGGUCAAGCUGGAAUCGGGCAGAGAGGCCAAGUCGGAGUAGGACAAGUAGGUGUCGGACAAAGAGGUCAAGUUGGAAUUGGACAAAGAGGACAAGGUGGCAUCGGACAAAUAGGACAAGUUGGAGUGGGACAAAGAGGCCAGGCGGGCAUUGGACAAGUCGGCCAAACUGGCAUCGGUCAAAUUGGCCAAGCUGGCAUUGGGCAGAGAGGUCAGGGUGGAGUAGGCCAAUUUGGACAAGCUGGCAUUGGACAAAGAGGACAAGUUGGAGUAGGCCAAUUUGGACAAGCUGGCGUUGGACAAAGAGGACAAGUUGGAGUAGGCCAAUUUGGACAAGCCGGUAUUGGACAAAGAGGACAAGUUGGAGUAGGCCAAAUUGGCCAAGCUGGCAUUGGACAAAGAGGACAAGUUGGAGUAGGACUAACUGGUCAAGCCGGUAUUGGACAAAGAGGACAAGUUGGAGUAGGCCAAAUUGGCCAAGCUGGCAUUGGACAAAGAGGACAAGUAGGAGUAGGACUGACUGGACAAAGUGGGAUAGGACAAAGAGGACAAGUUGGCGUUGGGCAAGUCGGACAAGUUGGCCUAAACGGAAUCGGACAAGUCGGCCAGGCUGGUAUUGGACAGAGGGGCCAAGUUGGAGUAGGACAAAUUGGACAAGCUGGCGUAGGUCAACGAGGUCAAGUUGGCUUUGGACAAGGAACACAAAUUGGAGUUGGACAAAGAGGACAAGGUGGCAUUGGACAAGUCGGUCAAAUCGGUGUCGGCCAAACUGGACAAUCAGAUGUUGGAAUUAUUGGACAAGCUGGUAUUGGUCAAACUGGACAAGUUGGACUGGGCCAAAUAGGACAGCGCGGUCAAGGCGAAAUAGGCGAAGUCGGCGUUGGACAAACAGGUCAAGUCGGUCAAUUCGGUGUUGGUCAAAGAGGACAAGUUGGAGUCGGCCAAACAAGUCAAGUUGGAGUCGGCCAAACAGGUCAAGUUGGAGUCAGCCAGAUCGGAGUAGGACAGAAUGGUCAAGCUGGUAUUGACCAAUUAGGACAAGGCAGUAUUGGACAAAUAGGCCAAGCUGGUAUUGGACAAGUUGGACAAACAGGCAUUGGACAAAUCGGUCAAACAGGUGUUGGACAAAUCGGCCAAACUGGCGUUGGACAAAUUGGUGAAGUUGGAGUGGGACAAGUCGGUCAAUAUGGCGUAGGACAGAGAGGACAAGUUGGUGUAGGACAACGAGGACAGGUCGGCGUCGGACAAGCUGGUGUAGGAUUAGUUGGACAGGCUGGUGUAGGACAAGCUAAUGUUGGCCAAUAUGGUCAAGCCGGAAUCGGACAAGGCGUCCAGGGCAGUGUAGGACAAUACGGCCAGGGUGAAACUGGACAAUAUACCCAAAAUGGUGUUGGUCAAUACACACAAAAUGGAGUAGGACAAUACACACAAACUGGAGUUGGACAAUACGGUCGUGGACAGAUCAUUGGUCAAGGACAAGGUCAGUUCGGUAUCGCAGGACAGGGACUUGGAAUCGAGCAGGGAGAGGGCGCUAUCAUCAGCCAAGGAAAAGGGCAACGCAACAAAUUCGGUCUCGUCUCGCAAGGCAUCAAACUUGAGAAGGGACAAGGGCAGUAUACUGAACAAGAAGUGGGACAAACCAUUAUUCAGGGCGGAGGCGUGGGCAUCCAACAAGGUGGAGGUGUGGACAUCCAGCAAGGCGGCGGUGUAGGCAUCGAACAAGGUGGCGGCGUAGGCAUCCAACAAGGUGGAGGCGUGAGCAUCGAACAAGGUGGAGGCGUGAGCAUCCAACAAGGCGGAGGCGUUGGCAUCCAACAAGGCGGGGGCUUGGCUACUGAGAAUGAGUACAGUGCGUCCACUCACAGGAUUUACCUCCAGCGGUACGACGGUGUUGGACAGUGUGGUGUUAAACAUGGCCAAAGACCGUACGGAAACCACAAUGACCUAGAGGUAGACUUCGCGGAAAUCCCCUGGCAAGCUAUGGUGCUGCUGCAGACCAACAAGAGUCUGCUUUGCGGUGGUGUCAUCUCCAGACCUGAUGUUGUACUUACAUCUGCUUCUUGUGUUGAUGGGUUGGACGCCAAGAACGUUCUAGUCAAAGGCGGCGAAUGGAAGCUUGGAAUCGACGAAGAACCUCUGCCUUUCCAGAUCGUUCAAGUCAAGACGAUUAUCUUCCAUCCAGGAUACAAAUCUGGCAGUCUCCAAGACGAUGUAGCUAUUUUAUACCUCAGUGAAAACCUACGGUUAGCGAAUAACAUCCAACCAAUCUGCAUGCCUGACUCUAAAGACUCGAUCGAUGCUUUCUACAACGGAGGUGGAGAAUGUAUUGUGACUGGAUGGGGCAAGAUAGUAUUGCAAGCUCACCUCGCUGGCAGUAUCAUGCACAGCGUUAACGUAUCCCUAAUCCAGGCUGAUGAAUGUGAGAGCAAACUGCAGCAGGACUACCCUCACUUGCUGGAUAACUACGACCGCGACAGCUGCGCCUGCGGACAGCCCACUAACCCAUUGAACAACAUCUGUAAGGUGGACAUCGGCAGCGCUCUAGCCUGCACAACCGGUGAUGGUUACUACGUGAUGCAGGGCAUCUACUCCUGGGACUCAGGUUGUCAAGUCGGCAAUCAAUUGGCUGCGUUCUACAAAUUCGACAUCGAAUGGUACGAAUGGGCUAUCGGACUAACAGAGAGUGUCCGCUACUCACAGUACGGCAUCGGUACCAAAGUUACACAGACUAAAUACACUGGACAGGUCAUCUCUGGUACCAAGGGCAUUCAGUACACAACUGGAAUCAAGGGAACCAUCACUAAAGGUGUUAAAGGAUACGGUAUUAUCGGACAAGGACAGAACACGCAAAUCGGUAUCGAACAAGGAGCCAAUGGUCAAGCCGAAAUCGGUGCAGGACAAAACCAAUUGGGUACCGGUCAAACCCAAUUCGGUACCGGACAAAGCCAAUUUGGCAUCACUAAGACCCAAUUCGGCAUCGGCCAAACACAACUUGGUGGAGGCAAAACUGAAUUUGGUAUCGGCCAAACUCAACUAGGCGGCGGUAAAACACAAUUCGGAAUCGGUCAAACACAAUUCGGUGUUGGCCAAAUCGGCGCCGAGCACAAGGAGAUCAGUGCCGAAGAAUUCGCCAAGCUCUUCGGACAGGGACAAUUGACCGCUAACUUUAGCCAAUUCGGCGCCGGCCCAGGAUCACUUAGCCACUUCGGCAAAUUCGACGAAGGCUCCACCGGUUUCACGUCAGGUAGCUUGAACCUCGGCACCGACAUCAAGGGACCAAUUUCCAACACCUUCAGCGCAACAUACUCAGAGAAGAAAUUCUUCCAAACCGAACCGAAAAUCUACACAUACACGACAAAACCAGAAAUAGUAACCUAUACGACUAAACCGGAAAUCGUCACAUUUACGACUAAACCGGAAAUUUUCACUUACACGACAAAACCUAAAAUAGUCACGUAUACAACUAAACCUAAAAUUAUCACAUACACAACAAAACCUAAAAUUGUAACCUAUACUACCAAACCUCAAAUCAUCACAUACGAAACAUCAGGCAGUGGAACAAACCCACAGUACAUCGCUCCAGGGGUCACCUUCAACCCAUCUUUCUCAGAAGUUGUCAACUCUCAACACAAACACAACGCUCAAUGCAAAUGCUUAGAAAACGGCAAGAAAUAAAACAACCAAAUCAAUUAACAUAAUAUUGGUAAAAAAUGGACUUCACGUGCCAUAUAAAAUCUUCUCAUAUUUCAUAACAAUUAAAAUAUAAAUCAACAAAACACAGUACAAAAUUUUACUCCAGUUCCUAAAAGUUACCACAUUUUUAUUACUGGUCACACUAAUUUCGGAAUCUGUGAAGUAAAAACUGAACUUCUUUUUUUUGUAUUUUUUAUUUAUAAUUAAAAAUGUGUAAAUAGGUAGGAAUUUAUUUAAUUUGUACAAUCUGAUUCAUAACAUUACUGGCAUUUUCAUUAAAUUUAGUUUUACGAAAUAUUUUUUUUUUAAAUCAAAAACUGCCAGUUUUUUUGCCAGUGCAUUACAAUGUCUUUGUUUAAGAAAAAGUAUCUUUUGUAACCAUAAACGGAAAAGAUUUUUUCAAGAUUCAAAUAUAAUUAGAUUUUUGACCAUUUUGGUCAUUGUAGAUACCAACAUGGUCGACUCUCUAAUAAGAUUGGUCAUAGUUUUAAAAUGUAAAUGUAAGAUUUUUUUAUGUAUUAUAGUAUCAUAUUUUCAAUAAGUAUUCAGUCAAUAUGAUACGUAUUGAUGUAAUUUCUAAUUGUUGUAAUUAGUAUUAAACGAUCGAAAUAAAAUGAUUUUUAUUAAUAA